AAAUAAAAUUGGCUGAUACAAAUUCAUGUAAGUCAAUUCUGAUAGAAAACCGACUUGCCCAAAUUAUGUUUUCAGGCGACUUGUCCCUAGCUAGUCCAAAACUUUCCUGCAGCCGCGGGGAGCUCUUCCGUUUCUGGUCUGUUUCGCACCACCAGCCGAUAAGGAUCCAUCCAUGCACGCCACAUCAGAAGCUUAAUUCUCCUCAUUACCGUCAAGAGAGAGCCAUCACCACACCUGGUUCACCUCCUGCCUAGUACUACAAGAAAUAAACAAACCACAAGAACCAUACUAGAAGAAUCUAGAGAUUCAGAGCAUAGGAGAAGACAAAACUGGUGCGAGGAGCAGGGCGUGUACAUAGGAGGAGUCACACUGGCGUAGGCCAGCCUUGCUUACUCACAAGUCAGUCCCGUCACUCCCUGUCGCGCGCGAGAGACCAGAUCGCCAUGGACAUGGCACGCUACGUUGCGUUCCACCAGCAGUGGAUCGCGGGCCAGCAGGCGGGCCUCCGCGAGCUCGCGGAGGCGGCAGCCAAUGCCGCCGCCGAGCGCGCCACGGACGCGGAGCUGAGGGCCGUGGUGGAGAGGUGCAUGCGCGGGUACCAGGAGUACGCCGCCAGCCGGCGUGCCAUGGCGCGCGAGAACGGUGCGGCCUUCGUCGCCCCGCCGUGGUGCACGGCGUUUGAGAACUCCGUGCUCUGGCUCGGGGGCUGCCGGCCGUCGCUGGCAAUCCGGCUGCUCUACUCCAUCUCCGGCGAAGGCCUGGAGGAGGACAUCGAGGAGUUCGUCAGCGGCCGCGGUCGCGGCCUCGCAGAGGAGAUGGGCCUCAUCGGGAUCACGGCCACGCAGCUGCAGCAGAUCAAUGAUCUCCACCGCUGCACGCUGCGCGACGAGGGUUACCUGACGGAGCGCCUCGCGAGUCUGCAGGAGAACAUCGCCGACCGGCCGCUGCUUCCGAUCGUCCGGGAGCGCGCCGCGGCGGCGGCAGCAUUAGUCGGCCAGGGCCGGAGCGCUAAGCGCGACGACAUUGCCGGACGGCUCGCGGCAGCAGAAUCGUCAGGAGGACUCGCGGCCGAGGUGGACGCGGCGAUGGAGAGCUACUCGGCCGGGCUGGCCAGGCUCCUGGAGGAAGCGGACGAGCUACGCAUGUCGACGGCCAGGGCACUGGCAACGGAGAUAUUGACGCCGCGGCAGGCGGUGGAGAUGCUGGUGGCAGCCAAGCAGCUGCACCUGGCGGUGCGCGACUGGAGCCGCCGGAAGGAGGAGGGCGCCCAGAACGCGCGUCUGCCGCGCGCAGCCGCAGCGACGACCGCCCCUUCCGGCUGAACCCCAUGACAGGCUCGCCAUUCCUCAACUAGCUUGCUUUGCCGCUCCAACAUAAGUGUACACAGUCUGAAUAAUCUGUUUAUUCUGGAUUUUUAGAUAUUAGUAUCGUUGUUUCUCUGCCAUUAUAUAACCUGCCUGCACAAACUGCAUGCUUGUGUUCUAAGUUGAAGUUCCUCCUACUACUCCUGUCCAAUACAGUAGUAUAUAUGUAUCCGUAACUAGUUUCUUGUGUGCUUGCAGUUGCAUAUGUUCGCUCUCUA